AUGUCCCUGCUAUGUUCUGCUGCUCAUUUCAUUCAGAUGGAAUGUGAUGAAGGUACUGAAACACCCAAUUUGAAACCCCACAUCGAAAAAUUUCUUGAAGGAAUUCGUUUCUGGACUUGGUCUGAGCUCCUUGAAGCAUUGAAACAGUGUCAAGACUUAUUUUCUUUCAAAGGUUAUUUGGCUAUUCUGGACAGAAUUGUGGAUCACUUGAUAGAGAGGCUAGCAUCACCAGGCGUUACAAGUCCAAAUACGUGUUCCUCCAACAGAUCCAGCUUCCAGUUUUCUUGUGAUACAAGCAGCAAUAACAGCUGUAGAAAUAACUGCUCAGGGGCUACAUGGUGGUUCGAACAUCUCCUGUUCUUGAAGGUUGAUAUGUUGGACAAGGUCAUAAGGACAAUGCUAUCUUAUGAUUUUGAACAUGGUGUGGUCUCUAGCUUUCUGUUCUACUAUCACAACUCAACUUGUCUCGGUGCUGCACAAGAUGAGAAGAUUGAGGCUACCGAGGUUGUAAUCAAUCUUCUUUUGCUGCUAGAUUUGAGAUCAAUUUCUUGCAAGGAUUUAUUCAAUCUAAAUCGAAUGGCUGUUUGUUUGAAAAUGAGCACAAGUUGCAUAAACAAGAUAGAAGGUCUUAUAGGUCCUCUUCUGGAUCAAACAACCAUUGAUUAUCUACUUCUUCCAUCUCCACGACGGAGGGGUCAAGCAUAUGAUGUUGAUUUUGUCCUUAGACUCGUACACAUAUUUUUCUUUGGAGACAGUUUUGCAUUAACUUCAAAUCGACUUAAGAGAGUGGCGAAAAUGAUGGAUUUGUUCCUUCUGGAAGUUGCUCCAGAUCCCCAUCUCAAACCUUGUGAGUUUGAAGCGUUGAUUACAAUGCUCCCAGAUACUGCAAGGGAAUCUCAUGAUCAAUUAUACCUUGCCAUGGACAUGUAUCUAAAGGUCCACGCAGGAUUAAGUGAAAAAGAGGAAAUAAGUAUCUGUUGUACACUGAAGCAUGAGAAGCUGUCAGCAGAACUUUUGAGACAUCUUACUCGAAACUUGGUGUUUCCUUCAGAGGCAAAACCCAGAGCUUACAUUACCAAACAAAGCCGAAUGAAAACCUUGCUUCAGGAAAAUGAUCAUUUGAAAAACUUUUUUGAAUCCGUAUUUCGUAAAAGCUUCAAGAACAUGGAUGUUGAAAAGAGAAGCCAUGAUGCUGAAGAGCUUAGAGGAGAUAUGGAAGGAAUGCAGAGUGGGACCCAACUAAAGAGCACAACUCAAAACUUUGAUCGUGUCAAAUUUGUUUCUCUGCCUACUGCUAACAAAUGGAACAUUCUGCAAGAUAACUACCCUAUAGCAUGGAUCAACUCAGAUGAUAUCAGUAAUAAUCAGAGAGAGAAACUGAAGGUUCUUAAGCGUGUGCUGAGGAAUGUCAGUGAAAGUUCACCUGAAGGACUUUGCAUGGUUGAUGCAAUGAUGCGCUUAAAUAUUGAUUACCACUUCCAAGAGGAAAUUGAUGCAUUCUUACAGAAGCAAUAUGUGAUUUGCAACACUAAUUGGGGUACCUAUGGCAACGAUCUCCAUUAUAUUGCACUUUGCUUUCGUUUAUUACGACAACAAGGUUACUAUGUGUCAGCAGAGGUGUUUGACAAGUUCACAGACAAGGAGGGAAAGUUUAUCCAUAAACUAGGUGGAAAUAUGAAGGGAUUGAUAGAUUUAUAUGAAGCCUCACAAUUAAGCAUAGCAGGGAAAGACAUAUUGGAUGAGGCAGGGCAAUUUAGUGGGCUAUUCUUGAAGGAAAAACUGGCUUUUCUUGAUGAUCAUUAA